AUGAGCAAAGCUGCCAGUUCAACAAGUGGUUGUUUGGAUAUUUUAAACGUCAAAUCCAGUCGGAUUCUGGACAUCCCGUGCAAAGUGUGUGGUGACCGAAGUUCAGGGAAGCACUACGGAGUGUACGCAUGUGAUGGAUGCUCUGGAUUCUUCAAAAGGAGCAUACGGAGAAACAGGACGUACGUGUGCAAAUCAGGCACUCAGGGGGGCUGCCCGGUGGACAAGACGCACAGGAACCAGUGUCGCGCGUGUCGCUUGAAGAAGUGCCUGGAAGUGAACAUGAAUAAAGACGCCGUGCAGCACGAACGAGGCCCGAGGACGUCAACCAUCCGCAAGCAAGUGGCGCUUUACUUUCGGGGCCACAAAGAGGUGAACGGAUCCUCGUCGCACUUUCCCAACACGUCCAUCCCGGGGCUGCACUUCUUCACCACAGUCACUCAACUCGAGACUCACAGUCUGGAAUUAAACACGGUGCCAAGCACGCCGGAGCGCCAGGGCAUGGUGGGGCUCGCGCAGCCUACUCCGAAAUAUCCACAUGAGGUUAGCGGCACGCCCAUGUAUCUGUACGAAGUGGCUACGGAGUCUGUGUGUGAAUCGGCCGCGCGCCUCCUGUUCAUGAGCAUCAAAUGGGCCAAGAGCGUUCCGGCUUUCUCCACACUUCCUUUACAAGAUCAGUUGAUCCUGUUAGAGGACGCCUGGAGAGAGCUGUUCGUCCUGGGUCUGGCGCAGUGGUCCAUUCCUGUGGACUCAAACACUCUGCUUGCUGUUUCAGGGAUGACCACAGAAAACACGGAGUCCCAGAGGCUAAACAAGGUGGUCUCAGAGAUCCAGGCUCUGCAGGAAGUGGUGACGCGUUUCCGGCAGCUGCGACUGGACGCGACGGAAUUCGCAUGCCUCAAGUGCAUCGUUACCUUUAAAGCUGUUCCGACACACAGUGGAGCUGAACUGAGGAGUUUUCGAAAUGCAAGCGCCAUCGCAGCACUCCAGGACGAAGCACAGCUCACACUCAACAGCUACAUCCACACCAGGUACCCGACUCAGCCGUGCCGCUUCGGGAAGCUGCUGCUGCUUCUGCCAGCGCUGCGUUCAGUCAGCGCGUCGACAAUCGAAGAAGUGUUCUUCAGGAAGACGAUUGGAAACGUUCCCAUCACACGGCUUCUCUCUGACAUGUACAAAUCGAGUGACAUAUGAGCUUUUUUCCCCUCAAGAGGACUCUGGAACAAGAAAAAAACGAAAAAAAGAAAAAAAGAAAAGAAAAAAAAAGCUGGCCUGGGAAAGUGACGCACUGUUUCAGGCCAAGUGACUUACGAUACGAGAAAAUGGUUCUGGAAACAUCUCUGUGCCACCUCGAAAGCAGACGGCAUAAAAGAAAGCAUUUCUAGUGGGAGAAACUCAAAACUAUAAAGACUGUGGUGGCUGAACAAGUUCCGUUCAUUGGUAAAAAAAAAAAAAAAAUGUUACACUGUGGUCUAAAGGAUACUUCGUGACUAAUUUUCAUCUAAUCUUUUUUUUUUUUUUUAAAUCUACGUAUUGAGAUAAUGUUCAUGAUUUAUUUCCCCCAAAAAUUUAGACAGCAGAGGCUUUAUUUUUCCUUGUUGCUUUUAUUUUAUUUUUAUUUUAUUUUAUUUUUUUUUUAGCUAUGUGGCUGAAUUCAGAAAGAUGUACAAUCAUGUAAUGAUGACUUCUUAAUAGGACAUUUUACCUUUACUAGAAGACCAAUGAGCUUUCCUACCAAUGUUGGGUUUUCUUUCUUUCUUUUUAUUAAAUUUUUUUUGGUAUCAGUUUUGUCAUUCUAUCAGA